CUUUACGAGUGAUUUUCGAUAAAACCGUAUCGAGAUUGGAAUCCCUACUCUGACUUUGUGACUUUUUUUGGGGUUAGGUAGUAUAGUGUCAACUCGUAGCUCGUAGUCGAAACUUCAGAAAACUGUAAAAAUGAUUGCGAAAACCCUUUUGCAAUCACAAAUCUUGGGUGCAUUCCUCUUCUUCAAUCCUAUAUUGGCAGAAUGGAACACUCGUGAUUAUGUACGAAGGGAGCAUUCUCUUACAAAACCCUACCAAGGUAGCGGGAUGUCGGUGCCUUAUUGGGACUUCUUAGGUAGCACAAUUGUUACUUCGAAUUACGUGCGACUUACACCAGACUUACAAUCCAAGUCUGGUGCUAUCUGGAACACAGUACCAUGCUACACUCGAAACUGGGAAGUGCAAGUGCAGUUCAAGGUCCAUGGGCGAGGUAAAGACCUCUUUGGGGACGGCCUUGCUCUGUGGUACGUGAGGGACCGUAUGCAGACAGGGCCAGUGUUCGGCAGCAAGGACUACUUUCACGGCCUGGCUAUUAUACUUGAUACGUACAGCAACCACAAUGGUGCACACAAUCACCAGCAUCCGUACAUAUCGGCUAUGAUAAACAACGGAUCGAUGCACUACGACCACGACCGGGACGGCACACACACGCAGCUGUCCGGCUGCGAGGCCAAGUUCCGGAACUACAAUCACGACACGCAUGUAUCCAUUGUGUAUAAGGACGACACCCUAAUAGUGUCCACUGACCUAGAAGGAAAAAAUGCUUGGAAGGAGUGUUUCAAGGUAGAAAAUGUUCUCCUGCCCACUGGGUACUUCUUCGGUGCUUCGGCGACCACUGGGGAUCUGAGCGACAACCACGAUAUCAUCGCUAUUAAGAUGUAUGAACUGGACUUGCUGGAAUCGCAAAACAAAGACGAGGAUAGAUCCCAUAUCAUACCUUCAGCAGCAUCAUUCGAAGCACCCCGGGACCGAGUGGAAGACUCGAAACCAACCAUGUCCGGUGUAAAAACCUUCCUAUGGAUGAUGGCCGGAGCUAUAGUGAUCAUAGUAAUAGUCGUACUGGCCAUCAUGUGGUACCAGAAGAGACAAGAACAGUCCAGAAAGAGGCUGUAUUGAUCAGUGACAGAUGACCAAUAAGGUAAUAGGUUUUUUCCAAUUGAAUUAGAUUAAAAACGCUUUUGAACUGGCAACUGGAUACUAAACUCUAUAGUGGUAUAUUGAUUGUUAAAUUUAUGUAUGAUUAAUAGUUGACGCGUUCAUCAUCAUCAUCAGCCUAUAAAUGUAGGUACCAAGCGGGCCCAAUGCGGAUUGGUGCUGAAUGAGCUCUACGAAGCACGGAGAAGCUCGAGAAAAUUAUUUUUUAGUCGCCCAUCAAUUCCUAAUGUUUCUUAAUUUUCACAAUAACAGACCAUAUACUCGAGCUCGAUGGCGCAGGUGGCUAGCGCGUUCGGCUGCGAUGCGAUAAGCAACUUUCGCAGUGGUCGGUCAUUGGAUGGAUGACCAAAAAUUUACUAUCUCGAGCUCCUCCGUGCUUCGGAAGGCACGUUAAGCCGUUGGUCCCGGCUGCAUUUGCAGUCGUUAGCACCCACCAAUCCGCACUGGGCCCGCGUGGUGGGUGAUGGCCCAAUCUCCCUAUUCCAUCCAUAGGGAAGGCCUGUGCCCCAGCAGUGGGGACAUUAAUAGGCUGAUGAUGAUGAUGAUGAGACCAUAUACCCUUUUCAGUCGUAUAGGAGAGGCGAAGUUGAUAUUUUUUUAAACAGUCAUAUAUUUAACAAUAGUAGCUUUUAAUAUAUAUUUUGUAUGUAAUAGACUUACACUGUCUAAAGACAAUAUCAAACAGACAAUUUGAUGGUUAGUUAAAAAAAUCCAAAGUAAUAUUAGUGUCUUCUAUAUACAUAUACAUUGUAUUAAAUUGUAAUACUAUUCUAUCAAAAUAUCAAAACAAAACCGAAAAGAAGCUAUAACUAACAAACCAUGUAUGUCAAUAUAAAUAUUUGAAUAUAUGCUCAUAGAUAGUCCGUUUAAAAGCGUUUUUUCUAAAUGAUAUAGUUUAUGUGGAAGUAUAAUAAUAUUAAUAAAAGAAAACAUGAAAUGGAACUACCUAGAGAUAGUUUGUGGAAUAGAUUUUUGUAUUUAAUUAUAGGUCUGGCAUUAUUUCUGUACUGCUGAUUUUAACAUGAGUUUGGAUAUUGCUUAAAAACAUUUUUAAUAAUUCCAAGUGACAAAAACUAACGAAUUAGGAUUUUAUUUACAAAUAAAAAUUCAAUAAUUUUAGAAUAAUCACAACUUCUGUUAGAGGCACAUAAGAAUGUAAAAUCAGCACAGCAGAGAAUAAAUUACGCUAAAGCCUCUGGUUCGAAUUUGGCGGCCCCGUCAGUGGCAGGAUUUUGUACGUAUAAAAUCACAAGGACCUCGUAAGGAGCGGGGGCACUCUAGUCCAGCAGUGACCGCCCGAGCAUCUGUAUUGAUAGUGUUGUUUUGAAAUGUCCUUCGACGUAGAGCAGAUUAUUUCAGCGAUUUUUCAUUCGGACGUAAUGGAGCAAAUUAUAUCAGCUAUUUUUGAUAGGACACCGUUAUGGAAAAAAAAAAUAAAAAGAUAAAUAUGUUUUGUUAUAUCAAUAAAAUAUCUAUUAGUGCGAAAAUCUACAAAACUAUAUUUUCAUAAAAAGACCUUGUCGCCGUUGUUUAGACGUUUCGUUCGUGAACAAAAAUAAAUAUACUCGCUGAUACAACACUACGCCACGCUAAAGGGCCGCACGAUCUACUCGCUGUCCCCGUAACAUGAGCACAACAAUUUACAUCAUAUAACGUUUUUAUCGCGUCUAAAUGUCAAACUCCAUAGUAAUUUGACAAUUGAGCAUGAUGAAAACGAGCUGUAUGUCAUAUCGCGGUGCUCAUGCUAUAGGAGCUGGUUUCGAGAGUGGGUCUGCGUUGGCCGCAUUGACGCGCCCUGCUGCCCGCAAAAUUCGAGCCAGAAGCCUUUUUUUGUCCGGUUCUCUAAUGGUAAAAACCAAUGUGUGUGAAUGGUACUGAUUUAAAGAGAUAUUUAUAACAAAUUGUAUUACGUUUAAAUCUUAAAAAAAAGGAUGAAUGUACAACAUUGAUGUCGAUUCUGUCACGAUUCUCUAAAUCUAAACUUAAAUUUGACAACAGUGUAUCCUUGUCAUUCUCUAUACAGAAAGAAAAGGAGAGACUGAUGUUAAAUUUAGUUUUAAGUUUAGAGAAUCACGCCAGAAUCGAUACCAGUGUCGUACAAAGGAAUGACUGUAAUGUUGUCAUUCGAAAGUUUUGGUUCAACGGAAGGUGUCACGUUUGUGUUAUAUUUAUUUUGGCUAGUCGCUCUUGUUAUAUCAAUAGAUGAUUUCAACAAAGGGGUUUAGAAAUGUGCAUUUUUUUUCAAUUUUAAAAACAACACUUACUUCUAUGUUGAAACAAUGUCGUAAACUUCAUGUGUAUCAAACAUUAUAUUUUUUCUGUAAUAUAAACAAUGUCAUAUGUAUUUUAAAUACAGUUAGCGUUCCCACGAAUAGAAACUUGACCACUUAACUACAGUGCUAAUAUUGUAAAAUAUAAUUCGUCCUAAAUUAAUUCAUACAAAAUUAUGCUGUAAUUAUUUAUCGCGAUAUAAUUUGGCAAUAUACUUUCAUUACAGACAACUAUGUCGUAGCGUAGAGGUUAGACAAUACUUUUUAUUACCAAAAAUUAAUUUGAAGCAACAUACAAAACUUAUAUUGUCUUGUGUCAUCUAGCUUCUGACUAGGAAAUAGAACACUCAAAGGCUUAAAAAACAUCAGAACAAAAUGAAAAUACUUUUAAAAAUACUAAUAAAAUCACCAUAGUUUAAACUUCCAUAAAUACACAUUAAGUUUAUUAAGUAUAUAUUAUUAGCUGGUAACACCUGAUUGCACUUUCUAUAUCAGCUUUGCCUAAAUUUGAAUGAAGUGACAUUCCUUAAAUUUAUAUUUAUGUUGGACAUUCGAUUUUUCUUGCUGUUAUUUCAUACAAGACCUGGAACAGAUUUUUAUUUCAAGUUUUUUCCCAGCUAAUUUACUUAAGUAUGGCCUAGACUGCAUUACGGAUUUGUCCCAAGCGGGAAACCGCCAAACCGCGAAACCGCUCGAAGCGAGCACACUACGAUUGAAAACCGCGAAACUAUGUCUAGUUAACUUUAGAUCAUCACAGUUUGAGGAUGGAUUUCAAGAGAGCUGUAUUUAUUGUUGCUUUAAUACUAAGAAACAGAAAAAGAAACCGUCGUCAUUUUCACUAAUAUGGGGUCCAUUCAUUUCUAGAGCAAGGUUUUCUCUCAAAAACUUAGCUUUAAACAGUGACAUCCAAUUUGUAGGUGAACUUCCUCCUAAAAUUUGUUUUGUCAAUAUACUGAGCCAUAGUAGUGUCGUAUAACGCUGUUCUUUUCUGUACUUAUGAUUCAUUUCAUAAUCUAGCUCGUUUGAAACCGACUUCCGACCGACAUGUCCAAUGAAUAAUGAUAGAAAUCGCCCGCGUUUACCGCGUCAAUGUGUGCGCGCCAAUAUAUGGUCUAUGGACUAUGAAUUUUGGUGCGGUUUUUACCCGGGAGCCGUUCUGUAACAAAUAACGGUUUUAAAAUCAGUCGCGGGAAAAACCGCAGGUGCGGCCGCUUGCAUUAGUUCCCUUGACUCACAAAACUACGCGGUUAAAAACCGCGGCGGUUUAGCCGUAGUACGGCCUAGCAUUAUGUGUCAUUUUGGCGUAAAUAUUGUAAACAUAAUUUUUUUGCCAAUGAGGUGCAGAUUAUUAAACUUUGAUUUUGGAGUUAUUCAAAAUGGUGGAAUAAUGGUACCACGUCCACGUGAUAUUUUCCUAUUGUGUUAUUCUUUUGCUUGUAAGACUGUUAAAUACUUUUUCACUAUGUAGGUAUUUGUUUCUGAUUUAAGUUAUGAAGUAAGGUUGGCGAAUCUUGAUCAACCAGGCUAGUUGCAAAAUCAAAGAUCUUUUUAUGUUAAUGGAGCUGUAUGCGGGCUCAAUUAAUAGAUGUCGCUGCAUUGCUAUGUAAUUUUAAGAUUUGAUUGGAAAUCGCGCAAUCGUUGCACGAACUUCUUUCUUCCAUUUCAACACAGCGACAUCUAAUGAUUAUUCAGAAACAUUAGCCUCCAUUUAUCUAUUAUAUAUUUAUAGAUUUUGAUAUUAAGAUAUGUAUAAGACGCAUUUGAUAUUUAAUAUGAAGCUACAUUACGUAGAUUGCUCUAUAACUAUACAAAGUCAUCACAAAGAAUGAAAUGUCGAUGUCUCAGACAAAAUGCAAAUAUAAUCAUUUACCUACAGAAUCUGGCUAAAAAUACAUUAUGUUUUCGUAUAACUCUUAGUAACGGUAAAAGAUACCCCGAUAUCCGGCGCACAACAACUUCAAUCAAUUGUUCAGAAAGCAGCAUGUUAUGUUGCCGUAACAUAUCUAAUGCGAACCCAACCAGUAAAACUGAAAAUUGUUUUUUUUUUAUCACUCAACAGUACCUAAAUAAUAUAUCCUUUUUUAUAUGUUCUGUUCAUGGCUAUGAAAUUGCUUUACAAAGUCAAUUCUUGCAGAUUUUGGUUUCAUUUAUAUGAAUAUUUCAAUUUAUGUGUUAUUUGGUAUUCAUUCUUGCAUAAUAAGAUUCCUUCUGUUGUAAUUAAAUAUAAUUGUAUCAUGGCUAUUGUUAGGAUUGCUAACUGGUAGAUAUCUCUGAACUACAUAAAAUUUAGCUACAUUGGUUAAGUAAAAAUCUGAGUUAUUUAUUCUACAUAGAUAUUAGUUUCAGUCAUCGUUAUAUUAUACUUAUGACUGGAAUUAAUAUGUUCAUAAAUAAUAUCCAUGGCGCAUUAUACAGUUGAUUUAUGUUGAAGUGUAUAACGGUGUGUUUUUGAUUUAAAUAAAUUUAUAUGGAUACUGUAACGUGUUUUAUUUAUAUGUGUGCGUAUAUACACACGCAGACAACAAAAUGAGCAGAAAGAAUUUAUUUUAUUACUUU